ACAAACCCCCCGGCCCCGCUGCGCUUAGCCCUUCCGCCACGGCACCGCGGCCCGUCAGGCAUCAGCCCCCCCCGCGCCGCUCCGCCACGGCCUCUCCGCCACCGCACCGCCCCCCCUUCGCCUCAGCGGCUGCCCCCGAGCCCCCCUGAACCCCCCCGUGCUCCCCUCCCGUGCCCUCCUGCCCUAGGCGUGGGAGCUGGCAGCGCUCGCAUUACCUCCACAGCAAGCAGCUGUGCAGCCAAGGGGCUGCUUCCCUUAAAAAGUAAAAAUUGAGCCGUUUAUAGACACAAACCCCCGUGACAGGCCCGCGGGGGGAGCGCCUGCAGCAGCAGAUAACGGCUGUACGGGGCGUUAAGGUGUUUCCCCUGGCCGCAGGGUCCUCAAGCGUGCCGUGUCCCCAGGGGGCUUCGGGGUGACGGCCCUGCUUAGCCGCCUGCUCCCGCCCAUCGCCGGGGAGUCUUUGCUGCCUCUGCACUGUUUCUCUCCUUCCAGAUUGUGUGAACCAUGGAGAAGUUUGGCAUGAACUUUGGAGGUGGCCCGAGUAAAAAAGAUCUUCUAGACACUAUUGAAUCGCAGAAGAAGCAGCUUCUUCAGUACCAGGUUCGGUUGAAGGAUGUCGUCAGAGCCUACAAGAGCCUACUCAAGGAGAAGGAAGCCUUGGAAGCCAGCUUAAAAGUCUUGUCUGUGUCUCACGAGGCAGAUACUGGCUUGAGUGGUGCUCAGCCUGCGUCUAUGGCUAGCUCCAGCUCUUCCUUUGCUGAUUCUGCUGACGACAGGAGCUCGGUUCACAGCGAAGACAGCGUGGGGACAGCUACCAGUGCAGACACUGCUGCCAGUCUGGCCAGUACCAAGGGUGAGCCAGGGCCUGAGGAUGAUAAGCCUGUGGCUGGCGCUUCCUCUCUUAAAUCAGAAGAGACGAGCGGUUCAGAGAGCGGCAUCAGCACGAGCAGCGGGGACGUGCCAUCUGCUGCGAGUGAGGCUGAUAAAAGAGUGCUCCAGCUGAAGACCCAGCUGGCCACCUUGACCAGUGCUCUGUCAACAGUCACGCAGGAGAAGUCCCGCAUGGAAGCCUCGUACCAAGCAGACAAAAGGAAGAUGAAACAGGACCUGGAUGACGCCGUUAAGAAAGCAGAGGAUGAGACCGAGAAGCUGGAGACGGAGCUGAAGUCUGUCCAGGAACAGCUGGCCGAGACCAAAGCCCGUCUGAUCACGCAGCAGCACGACCGAGCCCAAGAACAGAGCGACCACGCCGUUAUGCUGCGAGAGCUACAGAAGCUGCUGCAGAGCGAGAGGACUUUGCGCCAGGAUGCGGAGCUGAGGCUGGAGGAGACCAGGGAGGCCCUGGCCGGGAGGGCGUGCAUGGCUGACCGCGCCGAGGGGUACGAGCUGCAGAUUAAGCAGCUGGGCCAGGAGGUGGAAGACCUGAAGAAAGAGCUGCAAGCUGUUCAGGAGGAGAACAACAAGCCAGACCCUCGGAUACAGCGUCUGCAGGUGGAGAUGGCCAGCCUGAAGAACCACUUCCAAGUGCAGCUGCUGCAGGAGAUGAAGAAGGCUGCACAGGCCGAGGAGCAGCUCCGCCAGCACGCCCAGAUGGAGGAGCGGCGAGUGGCCGACUUGGAGGGCCAAGUCUCCGAAGUGUCGGAACUCCUUGGCACUUACGAAAAAGCCAAGCAGAAAGACCAGGUGAUCAUUCAGAAGCUCAAGGACCGCAUCGUACAGUUGGACCUGGAGAACAAAACCCUGGCCAUCGCUGCUUCCAGCCGAUCCCCUGUUGAUGUUCACAUAGAAGAAGCCAACCUUGAUGUUAAUGUUCUAAAGGAUAAAAUGGAGAAGCUGAAAAAGCUCUUGCAGGCAGCAGCUAAGAAGAGUCAACCCGCUCUGGACAUCGAGAAGCUGUGUGAGCUGGAGCUGCCAAAGGGCACUGAGGCUGGGGAUGGCGAGAAGGCCACUGCUUUGUACUAUCAGCAGGAGCUGAAGCAGCUGAAGGAAGAGUUUGAAAGGUACAAGAUGAGGGCACAAGUGGUUCUCAAGAACAAGUCGGCCAAAGAUGGCAAUCUGGCUAAAGAACUGGAGGAAGCUCAAGAGCAGCUAGCGGACCUGAAAGAGAAAUACAUUGUGCUUCAGCUGUCCUCUGAUGAAAUGGAGAAGCAGCACCAGCAAGACAUGGAAGCCAAGAAGCAAGAGUUGUCCCAGGUGCAGCAAAUUCAUAGGCAGGAGUUGGAGCGGUGCCAGCUGGAUUACAGGGAACGGGCGCUGAAGCUGGAGGAGGAGAUGCACAAGCAGCGGGACCGAGCACUGGCGGUGCUGGCAGAAAAGGACCAAGAGCUGGAGCAGCUGAGAUCUGUCACGUUGCCUUACGGGCUUCAAGGUCCCAAAAACUACCUAGCAUCAGGGACUGACGUUACUGGCAGUGACUCACCGGGUAACGAUUCCUCAGACUUUCUCCCCCAGGCUCUUCACCUCUCCGACAGUGAGCCCACCUUCUUCUUGUAUGCAGAGCAGCUGGCUCGCAAAGAAGUGGAAAUUGUAGCGCUGAGGAAGCAGAAGCGCAAGCUGGAAAUGCAAGUUCACCAGCUCCAGGAGAAAAUCUUGGUUGAGGAGGAGAAACGCCGGGAAGAGGUAUCUGCACUUCAAAGCGAAAUCGAGAAGAACUUCAGAGAUAAGAGCAGAGAAGGAGCCAACCUGGAAUACCUCAAAAUUGUUUAUAGAUUUUUGACAUUGCCAGAUUCUCUGGGUCGCCAGCAGACUCUAACUGCCAUAUUGACUAUUCUGCACUUCAGCCCAGAAGAAAAGCAAACCAUUACAAAGCAGUCAGCUUACAGCAGCUGGUGGCUUUCUGGGAAGAUGAGAUGGUAG